GCUGUUACGCGCACAGCCCUCUGUAAACACACCCUUGCACAUGAUUGGUCGGGGCGUUUUAGCGCGGCGCGCCGCAGCCAAUCAGGGAAUUGUUUUUCUACCACGUCGUUGAGCGCAUAGUAAGCUAACGCAUAAUGCAAAUGUAAACUAAUAUAAAGAGCGCGGGACGCUGGUAAUGGGGAUAUUUCCUCGGUGGUAUUGAUAAUUUGGAUUGAGUCCGCCCUGUUGGAAUUGUCUCCGCGGAAAUGUGGUGCAGCCGUCACUGUAAGAGCACAAGAAUUGGGUAACCCUAGCUAAGUAAGUUAGCUAUAGCUUGCUAAUUUUCAACGAUCUGCAAGGCCGCGGAGAAAUACGAUAACUGCUUUCCAGUUGUGGGCUUUACUGAGAAUGUCGCUUGCACUUAAGUCAGCGUGUCAAACUCGCCACGGUUAACGAAGCAGCUAGUCUGAAGGCGCAGUCCGUUUCACCUUAGCUCAUUUCCGAAGAGUUCGCGGGGUAUCCAGCUUGUUGGCUCGAGCUAGCUAGCAUGAGUGAACUGACGGAGUGCAAACAGUCUGCUGACUCCGCGUCGAGGAAACGGAGCGCAUCAGCCGAGCAGGAUGAGGGCUGCGCGGUCCCCCAAAAGUCGGCCAAAGCCCGGGACGACUCGAACGUAACGGGCGCCAGUUUGGAAACUUGCGAGAACAGUGGACUUGCGCAUAAAGACGCAGAAGGGAGCGAGUCGAAGGAUGGCGGGGACGCGCCGGCUGCCCCGCAGGGAGAGCGGGCUCCGGGCGGGACGGACGGCACAAGUUUGCCGCCUCCAGGCAGCUCGGGCUCGGGUGUCCAGGGUGCCAACGCCGCCGACAAACCGCCGUCCUCAGAGCUGCGUGCACCCGAAAAUUCCAAGGGAGACGCGGAGAAAAGAGCCGGGCCGGUGCCGUGCCCCCCGGCCCCCGUGGACCAGUCUGACUCCGCGGCCAUAGCGGCCGCCGAGGCGCUGGCCAGCCUCACCGGGGGGGACGGGGAGGACAGCCGAGAGACUCCUUGCUCAUCCGAAAAGGCUAAACAGGUGAAGCACGGGAGCAAGUACAAGCAGCGCGGAGGACACCUGUCCUCAAAGGUGGGCUCAAAGACCCAGGCGGCCGCAGCGGACAGCUCCACGUCCGUCCACAGUACAGACCGGGAGGACGGGGACGAGGCACCAGAGGCCGGGGAAGGGGAAGGGGAAGGGGACGAGUCCGUGUCCGGUGCCUCCUCCACGCCCAGCUCCUCCUUCCCGUCGGACAACGAGGACAACGACGACGGCGAGUGCGCCAUCGUGUCGGUGAAGAUGGCCCCGGAGAUCCGGCAGUCGGUGGCUCUGCUGGCACAGGUGCAGAUGAGGCUGGAGGCUCUGGAGAAGAAGAGCGCCCGCCUCCACCAGCGGCUGGAGCAGAAGGUGUGCCGCCAGAGGCGCCCACAUCUGGACCAGAGAAGCUCCAUCACGAAAACCAUCCCGGGCUUUUGGGUGACGGCUCUGCUGAACCACCCGCACCUCUCGGCUCACAUCGACGAGACCGAUGAAGACGCUCUAAGUUACAUGACGGACCUUGAGAUCGAGUCUUUCAAGAAUAACAAACUGGGCUACAGAAUUCGCUUCCACUUCAGACGGAAUCCGUAUUUCCAGAACAACAUCAUCAUGAAGGAGCUGCAUCUUGGGAUGGGAGGCUCACCCAUGUCUUUCUCCAACCCCAUCCUGUGGCACCGCGGACACAACCUGACGGCUCACAGCGAGCCCAGGAAGUCCUCACGAGGGGUUUACGAGACCUUCUUCAGCUGGUUCAGCGACCACAGUAACCCGGGACAGGACGACGUAGCGCAGAUACUUAAGGACGACCUUUACAGAGACCCACUGAGAUACUACCUCACUCCUCUCUGGGAACCAAGGGAGAAUGGAAGCAGUGGCACUGAGGCCAGGGCAGCAGACAACGGGAACGGAGACGAUUGUGUAGUGAUCUCGGACUCGGACGAUGACCCCGGUGAGGAGACGGGCGAGGCUGAACAGGGCCGCAGCAGGGAGGAAGAGGAGGAGGAGGAGGAAGAAGAGGAGGAGGAGGACAGGGGGCAGAGUGCAGAUGAGAGCCAGGAGGAGGAGGAGGACGGAGAGGAGGAGGACGGCGGGGGAGAAAUUGUGAUCGAUGGUUCUGAUGACAGCGAGGAGGAAGAGGAGGAGGCCUGAGGAAAAACGUGAAGGCGAAGAGGGAGUUGCACACCAAUCAGCCACAACGUUAAAACCACCUGCCUGACAUCGCACAGAGACCUCGGGGAGGGACGCGUCAUGUGCCAUUUUGUUUAGUUCCCCCCCCCCCCCCCCCUUUCUGUUCUUUUUAGUGGGGAGGCUGAAUCUGGAGCAGCCCAGUAACCUCCCACCGGAACGCUGGAGUGAAAUGAAAUUGAACUCACUCGGAAUCCUCUGUGGUUUUAAUGUCGUAGUUGACUGAUGUAUUUGGGGGGGGCGGGGGGAGGGCCACCAUAGGGACCAGAGAGUUGGACGAGGAAGAGGAGGCUCAAUUGACGACUAACAGUGCAAGCAUUAAAUCCUUCUUCCUGAUGUUAGUCAGUUUUUAUGCACAGAGUACCAGUCUUUGUUUUUUUAUACCUAAAACACACAGAAGCUUUUAAAUCAGGGUUAACUGUAACAAUAAAGCCAAGGCAGCAUGUUUCCCUUCUAUUUUCUACUCUCAGUGCUGUGUAAUCUGAUGUACUCUCAUUCACCUUUUUGUGUUUGUUUUUUUCCUUUUUGAUUGUUUGUUUGUUUUUUUAAAUGCCUUCUGAACUCAUCUUGGGUAUAUUACACCCAACUCCUUAUACAUUUUUUUUCUUUUACCUUUUCAAUCGGAACCCAUCUCCAGCAGACACUGAUUGCCUUCUUGACGGCAGCACAUUUCUGAAUCGCAUCCAACUGAAUAAAAUUAAAUCCUCGAAGGCAUCAUUAGUGGUCAUUUUAAACCGUUUUUUUUCUCUUUUGGCUUUGUUUGUUAGAACUCUUCCCACAUAAACGCCUGAAGCUGAUUUUGAUGGAAUGACAGUACAUUUUCAGAUACACCGAGUACUGAACCAAAACGCGUUCUCAGGGAUGAUCGUGGUGGUAGUUGUAUGGAAAAGAACCUUGCAAAACUUUUGGGGACGUUCACACAUUCCUUGUCGUGGGUUGUGUAUAAAGAAACGUGUACUCUACUGUAGUAAAUAGGAAUGGUAAUUAUUUUAAUAGACUAAAAGUGUUUUACCCUGCGUGUCCUGUGGUGUCAGACGCCAUCCUCUGCUAUGCGAGCCACCUCUGAUGUUUUUAAUCACUGCGUAGUGUGGUCAGUGAUUCUCUGGAUUCUUGCAUUUGUGUAUUUCACCUCUACCCCAAGUACAGUUUUUGACAUUUCUUUUUAAACCUUUUUAUUUGGCUUCUGCGUGCUUCAACCUUUUAAAACGUUUUUUUUUUUUCUCAGAAAUUUCAAUGUAAUGUCAUUGAUUGUUUUUUUUUCUUAAAACUUUGCUAUUUAUUACGUGUUGUUUUUUUCUACACACCCGCAUUAAGGCAUGCCUGUUAGCACGGCACAGGGCAGGACAAUUAUAGCACUUAAGAGUCGUGUAGAGGGAGUUAGGGAGUUUCACAACAACGUCAUGGGGCGCACUGUACCAAACCUAGUAUUUGUAUUUGCUUACUUUUCUUAGCAACGAACCUGUAAAUAAUACUUUGGCAUUCUGUUUUUGUUUUUGGAUAAGACACGGUUAAUCCAUGGGUAAAUUUAUCAAAAGAAAUCUGGAUUUUUUGGUUGUUUUUUUCCACAGAAUUGAUCAGAAAGUUCUAUUUUGUGUGCUGUGUUUUAUAGAUCAGUGUGGUUACAGAUAGUUGUUUGUUGCUCUGGUUGAUUUUUUUAUUUGAUUUUAUUUUUGUUUGUAUUUUUUGCGCUGAACAAGAUAAAUGUCCACCUUUUGGCUCAGACGUAAUAAAAUAGACAGCCGGUU